AUGUGGGUCAAGUACGUGGCUGUGACGCUCGAAUACACGGUGGGGCAUGAGCACAAAGACAAUGGCGACCCGGUGCUCGAAAAGUUCGAUAUCAGGUUGCAAGAGCUUCAGAGCUGGAGACGACGCAGCAUGAUCUCUCGGCAGAAAGUACAAUCGGUCCUCAGUCUGCUGAAGGAAUGGAUGGCAAAGUAUCCAACCGAUGCAGUCCUUUUGCAACCCUUAAUAACGGAUUACGAGUAUAUCAAUGCCAAUAUUGAAGAAUAUGGUCGUAUGCUAGAGCGUUCCGUAUCCGUGGUUAUAUCUGUUGUUCAGAUAUUCGAAGUUCGAUGGGCAUUCACCGAAACAACUAACAUCACACGUCUGACAAUUCUAGCACUCAUUUUCUUCCCACUGAGCUAUAUCUCUAGCUUGUUCAGUAUGAACCCGAGCAACGCGCCAGGGAGUUCUCAUUUUUUUUCGUGUACUUUGCAGUCGCAAUACUAG